AUGACUGCCUCCUUGAUCUGCUUGAUACCUAAGAUCCCCUCUCCCAAGGGGUUCUCUGACUUUCGCGCGAUAAGUCUCUGCAACUGUGUCUAUAAAAUCCUUUCCAAGAUCAUUGCUGCUAGGCUGAGUAAAAUACUACCGUCCAUCAUAUCCCCUGAGCAAGGGGCCUUCAUCCAAGUGAGAGCGAUCUCGAAAAAUAUCGCUUUAGCUCAGGAGCUUUACAAAGAGAUUAACAGAAAGGUUAGGGGAGGGAACAUCGUCCUAAAGCUCGAUAUGGAGAAGGCUUAUGACAGGGCAGAGUGGGGUUUUCUGAAGCAAGGGGACCCAUUGUCCCCUGCUCUCUUCAUCAUUUCCAUGGAAGUUCUGAGUAGGGGGCUAAAAAGACUGGUCGAACGAGGUUUUGCCCAACCUUUCAAGCUCAUGAGAGGGUGCCCCUUACUCUCCCACCUUCUGUACGUAGAGGACACUUUGCUCUUCAUGAAUGGUGGCUUGGCAUCCCUCACGGCCUCCAAAGCCUUCCUAGCCGAGUAUCAAGCAGCUUCGGGCCAAGUUAUCAACCUUCACAAGAGCAGCUUUUUCAGCUCUACAGUAUUUCUUCCGCCAGAAUCCGGGCCAUUGAGAGGCUGCUCGGGAUCAGUCACUCCUCAUCCACCCUUUCCUACCUUGGUGUCCCCAUCACGGCUAGGAGGCUAUUACUGA